CCCCAUCUCUGGAGGUGCUCAAGGCCAGGCUGGAUGGGGCCCUGGGCAGCCUGAGCUCGUGGGGCAGCCAGUCUGUGGAACGAGGGUUGGAAAUGGAUGGGCUCUGUGAUCCCUUCCAGCCUAAGCCAUGCUGUGAUUCUGUGGUUCUGCGAUCACCCAAGACGUGUCCUCCGAACGCUCACGUGGGGCGGAGCGGCCUUGAGAAGCAGCACGGAGCCCUGUUGGGACAUGAUGGGGCAGGCUGACAGUAGCUGCAAGGAGCUGCUGAGCGGGGGGUGCGCGUGGAAACCCAACCAUAAAGGCAAAAAAUGCAUGACAUUGGGUGUAGGCUGUGCUGUGUCAGGGGAAAGCUGUUCCACAAAGCACUCGUGAAACAACAUCAGCUUUGGGCAGGCAUAUUAGCGUGGCAUUAUUCCUGUGCCAGCCACCAUUUUAGUGGGAAAAUUCGCACAAAUCGCACCAAAAAGCAGCGUGGGAAGCAGUGCAUGGAGCUAAUAGACAUCUGAGCAUUAGUUUCACAGUUUUCCCGGCUACUAGAGCCUUGCCAAAAGGCUGUUUUAAAACGAUCGCAAGCCUCAUUGACCCUGUUUUGUUCCUGUCUAAUUUCUUUACAAAUUGGAACAGCGGGAGAACCAGGAGGACACUGUGGGGCUGUGGACAUGGUGAAGGGUCUGAGGGUGAGAUGUGUGAGGAGUGGCUGACAUCCCUUGGUUUGUUUGUUUAGCCUGGAGAAGAGGAGGCUGAGGUGGUGGCCUGCAGCUCCUCACAGGGAGUGGAAGGGCAAUGCUGAGUUCUGCUCUCCGGUGACAAUGACAGGGCCUGAGGGAAUGGCACAGAGCUGUGUGAGGUGGGGUGAGGAGAAAGCUGUUCCCCAGAGGGCACGGAGCAGCUCCCAGAGCUCAGGGAGCAUUGGGACACCAACCUCAGCCACAGGGGUUGGGUUUGGGAGAUGCUGCGUGGGGCUGGGGGUCAGACUGGGUGACCCUGGUGGGUCCCUUCCAACUUCUAUGGUUCUCCUGGUCAACGUGAGGGGACAUGGUGACAUUGAGGACGUGGGCUGUCCCUGUGUGGCUCCAGCGCUGUGCUGCUUGCUGCAGGCUUUCGCAACCAGCUCCAGCAGAACUGCAGCUCCGGGCUGCUGUUACUCACACGCCCUGGCUUGGAGGCAUGCUGGCGCGUGGUGCUGGGGCCCCGUCUGUGCUCCUCCGGCUCACUGUCUGCUGGCCCCACUCGCUCACCAUCCUACUGCAGCACCUGGGGGUUCUGGCCUUGAAACCGAGCAAGGAAAGGGUCUUGAAAGCACUUGCUGCUCUGGGGACUGGUUGCUUUCUCGGCCAGCAGAAAUCUUGGAAGUGUUUUCUGGGUCAUUUUCCCUUUCCUUCCUUUGGGGCAGAAGGAGUUAAGGCAGGAGCAGCAGCAGCUGGCUAGUGUGGGCCAGGAGCCCAGGGAGCUUGCACCGCUGGCUCUGGUCCUGGGCACUGAGGGGCUCGAGCGGGUCGUGGCCCGGCUGUGUGCCCCUCGGGGGCCGUGCCUGCUGCGAGGAGGCUGGGAGAGGAGGGCUGGCGGCCGGCGGCGGGGCCACUCCUCCCAGCGCUCCGGUUUGAAGGCUGGGCGCUGGGGAGGAGAGAGCGAUGCGAGCGCUGCAGGCGCCUCGCCGGGGCCGAGCUCCUGCCUCUGCCCCUGAGCCCCUCCGUUUGCGAAGCCGGGGGGCUCGCUUUCCCCUCCCCAUGGCUCUGCACCACCUGGGGCUUUGGCUGCUGCUGGCUUCCUGCUGCUUCUCCUCCACUGACGCGCAGCUCCUUGACUGGAUUUGGGGCAGCCCGAAAACCACGGGGACCCCCGCGGCGCCCAGCACUGCAGAGAUUUCUCCCACCCUGAGCACACCUCUGAGCUCAGCAGCAGCAGGGGAUGUGGCCACCACACAGCGGCACUGGCAGCCCAGCACGGCAGCACCUACAGGACAGGAGAACACUGAGAGCACGGAUGGCACCGAGCAGGGGGACGGGAGCACCGCGGGGAUCACGGUGCCGACCAGCACCGCAUGGACCGCCGCUCCCCCUCGCAGUUCACCACCCACCCGCAGCCCCACCGAGACUCCGCGGCCCCUGGGAACGGGGAACCCCAAUACGACGGAGCUGCCCCGGCAGCAGGAGGGGACAGGGGGUUCCCCGCAGAGGCCAGCAGCCGCCCGUCCAGAGAACCUGAGCAGUGAGGUCAGCCUCCUGGAGCUGAUUGGAGACCCGCCACCAGAGGGGAUCGUCAAAAUCUACGGCCACGAGAACAGACCUGGCUAUGUCUUUGGACCCAAUGCCAACACAGGCCAGGUGGCCCGGUACCACCUGCCCAGCCCCUUCUACCGAGACUUUUCUCUCCUCUUUCACAUCCAGCCCACCACCCCGCGGGCCGGCGUGCUCUUUGCCAUCACAGACUCCACGCAGAGCAUCAUCUACGUGGGUGUUAAGCUCUCAGACCUGCAGAUGGGCAAGCAGCAGAUCAUCUUCUACUAUACUGAGCCAGGCUCACAGAGCUCCUAUGCGGCUGCCACCUUCACCGUGCCCACCUUGCUCAACCAAUGGACAAACUUUGCUAUCAGCGUGGAGGAGGACGAAGUCAUCCUCUACCUGGACUGUGAGGAGCAUGAGCGGGUCCGCUUUGAGCGCUCUCCAGAUGAGAUGGAACUGGAAGAAGGUGCCGGGCUCUUUGUUGGUCAGGCUGGAGGGGCUGACCCAGAUAAAUACCAGGGUGUGAUUGCUGACCUGAGGCUGAGAGGGGAUCCGCGGGCGGCCGAGUACCAUUGCGAGGAGGAGGAUGACACCGAGGCAUCUGGAGAUUUCGGCAGCGGGGCAGAGGACAGGCACCGUCCCUCGGGGAAGGAUAAGGGCAUCCCAGGGCUGCUGGAUGCUGUCCCUGUCACCUCCCCGCCUGUGGUGGAUGGCAGUGAGACAAGGAGCAGUGUGGGAUCCCCCCAGCAGGCAGAAAGGACCAGAGUAGAGGAGAGGCUGCAGGUCUCCACAGGAGGCACAGGCCCCAAAGGUGAAAAAGGGGAGAAAGGUGAACGUGGCCUGAAGGGGGACUCGGGGACCAGUGGCAUCUUGGGCCCAGGCACUGCCAAGGGCGAGAAGGGGGAGAAAGGUGAAUUGGGCAUCAAGGGCAGCGCUGGAUUUGGCUACCCUGGCUCCAAGGGCCAGAAAGGUGAGCCUGGAGAGCCUGGCCCCCCUGGCCCUCUCUCACGGCAUACUGAUGGCAUGUCACUGGAGCAAGUCACUGGCCCCCCUGGCCCCACUGGCCCCCCAGGGAAGGAUGGGGCCCCUGGCAGGGAUGGCGAACCUGGUGAUCCUGGCGAGGACGGCAAACCUGGUGAGAUGGGGCCCCAAGGGUUCCCAGGGACACCAGGAGAGUCUGGGCAGAAGGGAGAGAAGGGUGACCCCGGUGUGGGACCAAGGGGCCCCCCGGGGCCACCAGGUCCCCCUGGACCUCCAGGACCCUCCUCCAAGCAGGACGGGCUGACAUUCAUCGACAUGGAGGGCUCCGGGUUCGGUGGUGACCUGGAGACCCUGCGGGGACCACGAGGGCCACCUGGUCCCCCAGGUCCCCCAGGCGUGCCUGGCUUGCCAGGGGAGCCAGGAAGGUUUGGGAUGAACAGCACAGACCUGCCAGGACCACCAGGGCUGCCAGGCAGAGAUGGAACCCCUGGGCCCCCGGGUCCAGAGGGUCCUCUAGGUCCUCCUGGAAAAGAUGGGAUGCCUGGACCGCCAGGGCCCAAAGGAGAGCGGGGUGAUGUGGGCGAGCUUGGUCUCCCUGGAGCACCAGGACCCAAGGGCAACAAGGGAGAAGCAGGACCAGUAGGUCCCCCAGGAGAGACUGGCUUGGCUGGCCUUCCCGGGCCAGUUGGACCCCGAGGGCAGCCAGGGCCCCCAGGGCCCCCAGGUCCACCAGGGCCAGGGUACGACGCUGGAUUUGGUGACAUGGAGGGCUCUGGACUGCCACUCGCCACCGGCUCCCCUGGACCACGUGGCCCCAGUGGACCACAGGGUGUGCCAGGACUACCAGGGAUCAAGGGUGAGGUGGGCAGCCUCGGGCAGCCUGGCCCUCCAGGCCCAAAGGGGGAUGCUGGUGUGCCUGGUGUGGAUGGCCGCCCUGGCUUGGAGGGCUUCCCUGGACCACAGGGUCCGAAAGGCAACCGUGGCAGCCCUGGUGAGAAGGGUGAACGAGGCCAAGAUGGCGUGGGGCUGCCAGGCCCCCCUGGCCCACCGGGUCCCCCCGGACAGGUCAUCUACAUCUCAAGUGAGGAUAGGCCUUUGUCAGCUCUGCCGGGCCCAGAGGGCAGACCAGGACAUGCUGGUUUCCCGGGCCCAGUGGGACCGAAGGGGGAUCCAGGAUCACCAGGCAUCCAAGGUGCACCAGGGAUGAAGGGAGAGAAGGGAGAGCCCGGCGUCAUCAUCAGCCCAGAUGGGACCAUUGUUGCUGCCAACAUGAAAGGACAGAAGGGGGAGCCUGGGCUGCCAGGACCAAUGGGUCCAUCCGGCCCCCAUGGACGAGCAGGGAUGAAGGGAGAAAUUGGCUUUCCAGGCAGGCCUGGACGUCCUGGCAUGAAUGGGCUGAAGGGCGAGAAGGGCGACCCAGUGGACAUCAGUGGUAUGCUGAGCUUGCGGGGUCUUCCUGGCCCCCCAGGUCCCCCCGGCCCUCCCGGGCCACCUGGCAGUGUGGUCUAUGACAGUAACAAUGGCUUCAGCGAUGCCAGCCGUCCCGCCUUCCCAGGUUUCCACCAGUUUCCAGGUCAGAAGGGAGAGAAAGGAGAUGUGGGUGCCCCUGGGCCCCCAGGCCAGUUCCCCUAUGACCUGAGCCGGUUCAGUGCCAGCCUGCGGGGUGACAAGGGAGAGGCAGGUCCCAAAGGAGAGAAGGGCGAGCCAGGUGGUUCCACACUCUAUGGCCCCAGUGUCACUGGGCCACCAGGGCCCCAGGGCUACCCAGGUCCACCGGGUCCCAAAGGGGACAGCAUUGUUGGGCCACCGGGGCCUCCUGGACCACAGGGACCCCCUGGCAUUGGCUACGAAGGGCGGCAAGGCCCCCCAGGCCCUCCCGGCCCCCCUGGGCCACCCUCUUUCCCAGGUCCCCACAGACAAGCAAUCAGCAUCCCCGGCCCCCCUGGACCACCAGGCCCCCCUGGGCCACCAGGCACCAGUGGGACAUCUCUGGGGCUGCGUGCCAUGCCCACGUACCAGGCGAUGCUGAGUGCUGCACACGAGCUGCCUGAGGGAGGACUCAUCUUCCUGACCGACCGGCAGGAGCUCUACGUCCGCCUUCGUGGGGGCUUCCGCAGAGUUCUGCUGGAGGAGCACACCCUGGUCCCUAGCUCUGCGCUGGAUAAUGAGGUAUACGACAAGCUGCCCAGCAUUCACUACGGAGGGGCCCAGCAACCUGUGCACCCCCUGCGCAACCACAACCCCCCGCCCACUGCCCGGCCCUGGCGUGGGGAUGAGGUGGUGGCCAACCAGCACCGCCUGCCCCAGCCACCUCUGCUGCAGCAGCAUGAGCUCCUCAACAGCUAUUACAUCCACCGCUGGCCGGAUCCAGCCCCCGUGGCUGCCCAUGUGCAUCAGGACUUCCAGCCUGCUCUGCACCUGGUGGCCCUGAACACCCCACUGAGUGGUGGCAUGCGUGGCAUUCGUGGCGCUGACUUCCAGUGCUUCCAGCAAGCCCGGCAGGUCGGGCUGGCCGGCACCUUCCGUGCCUUCCUCUCCUCCCGCCUGCAGGACCUGUACAGCAUCGUGCGCAGGGCCGACCGCACCUCUGUGCCCAUCGUCAACCUCCGGGACGAGGUGCUUUUCAGUAAUUGGGAAGCCCUCUUCACCGGCAGCGAGGCGCCGCUGCGGGCUGGAGCCCGCAUCCUCUCCUUUGAUGGCCGGGACGUCCUGCAGGACUCGGCAUGGCCACAGAAGAGCAUCUGGCACGGUUCGGAUGCCAAGGGCCGUCGCCUGCCCGAGAGCUACUGUGAGGCGUGGCGGACGGACGAGCGUGGAACCAGCGGGCAGGCUUCCUCACUGAGCUCAGGCAAGCUCCUGGAGCAGUCAGCCAGCAGCUGUCAGCAUGCCUUUGUCGUCCUCUGCAUUGAGAACAGCUUCAUGACUGCCGCCAAAAAAUGACCCUGCUCUCUGAGCACUGCACACCUCCUUGGGGAGGUUCUGCUCCCCGCCACGCUCCUGCCUUCACCCCACUGGGUUUCUUCUCCCCCAGACCUAAAGCCAAAGAGUAUCGCCAUUGCCACUGCUCUGGCCUGGAGGGGGCUCACCCCUAUCCUUGAGGAUCAGGGCAGCUGUGGGCUGGCUGCCUUCUUCCUCCUGUACCUCUGGUUCCACUUCUUUUCUAACCCCUUGUGUUUAACCACUUCAGCCAUACCCUUGUGUCAGCCACCCGCUCCUCCUCCCUGCUCAAAUACUCACCAGGGAGGUUGGGUGGGGAAGGAUGCUCCGCAGAGAGGUUUUGGAGAUGCUAUGCAGAGUCACCUGCUGGAAAGCCCUGCUCUGUCCUGGCCAGGAGCUCAAGGCCAGCCCCAAAUCCACAUUGCAAGGGCUGUGGCAUCUCCAGCCCACCCAAGGAGGACCCCAGCUGUCCCCUCCUAGUUGAGGGACCGUCCCGUGUGGUGGUGAUGGGGUUCCCCAGUGCCCUGCUCCUCUGCAGUCUCCGUCCUCCCCAGGUAAGACCCAUCCCACCCAGCCCUGCACCUCCUCUCCAUCACCCAUCCCUCACCGGGCACAAGGUGAGCCCUGGGGUCUGGUCCCCAUAUCCGCCCCAAAGCCCUGCUCCAUUUCUGCCUACCCCUGUAUAGGGUCAGGCUCCCAGCCCUCUGUGAGCUCCCUGCCCCAGGUGCUUUCAGCACAGCUCAGUGGGGACUGAGGGGGUGCACAGGGCAGUGGGGCAGCCCCACAGCUGGGGCAGGAGUGGGGUGGCCCGGCAUACCCUUGGCAUGUGUUUACGUGCGUUUGCGUGUGUGUGCAUGUUGACCACAUGUGGUACCUAGGCCAGACACCGCCAGCACCUGCUGGGCCACUGCUAUUGUGCCCCGGGGGCCACGGUGGAGCAAAGACAUUUGCAUUGGUGUGGGCAUAUCCAAGGUGCUAAAGAAAAAAAAAAGAUAAA